AUGACACUGGAAGGAGAAACCAAAGACCUGAUGAAAGACUAUUUCUUCAAACCACCUAUUAACCAGCUGAGCCUGAACUUUCUGGAUCGGGAUUUGGAGAUGGCCUACAGAACCAGCUAUCAGGAAGAGGUUAUAAGGAAUGCACCUGUGAAGACAUUUGCCAGUGCUACCUUCAGUUCACUCCUGGAUGUGUUCCUCUCCACAACAGUCUUCCUUAUACUCUCUAUCACUUGCUUCCUGAAACAUGGGAUGGCCAGUUCCCCUCUCCCACCUGCAGCAGUUGUUGUAUUCAUCAUUGCCAUCCUGUUGGAAGUGCUGUCCCUUAUCGUCUCAAUUAGAAUGGCAUUCUUUCUGGAGGAGGUGAUGACUUGCACUAAGCGUCUCCUGGAGGUGAUUGCAGGCUGGCUGCCUCGACAUUUCAUUGGUGCAAUUCUGGUGUCCCUCCCUGCUCUUGCUGUCUUUUCCCAUGUCACCUAUGAGUUUGAAACAAACAUCCAUUAUACCAUGUUUAUGUGUUGUGCCAUUCUGAUCACCAUUGUUCAGUACUGUAACUUCUGCCAGCUUAGCUCCUGGAUGAGAUCUUCAUUGGCCACUGUUGUAGGAGCAGUGCUUCUCAUCGUGCUCUACAUCUCUUUAUGUCCAGCGAGCUCCACAGAAACUUCCCACCUAGAUUCAGCACAGAAUAUAAGCUCCAGGAAGAAUGCAUGCAAUAGUUCAGAGCCAAAUGAUACAAAGAAGCCAGCAGACCUGAUUGGUCAGGAAGUAAUACUGGUUUUCUUUCUUUUGCUCCUUAUGGUUUGGUUUCUGAAUCGGGAGUUUGAAGUCAGUUACCGCCUCCUCUACCAUGGAGAUGUAGAAGCUGAUCUUCAUCGUACCAAAAUACAGAGCAUGAGGGAUCAGGCUGACUGGUUGUUAAGGAAUAUUAUUCCAUAUCAUGUGGCAGAGCAGUUGAAGGUCUCUCAGAGUUACUCCAAAAACCACGACAGUGGUGGAGUAAUUUUUGCUAGUAUUGUGAACUUCAGUGAGUUCUAUGAGGAGAACUAUGAGGGAGGCAAGGAGUGCUACCGAGUCCUGAAUGAACUGAUCGGGGACUUUGAUGAACUGCUGAGCAAACCACAUUACAGCAGCAUUGAGAAAAUCAAAACAAUUGGGGCAACAUACAUGGCAGCUUCAGGACUAAACACCUCUCAGUCUCAGGAUAACAAUCAUCCACACGGACAUUUGCAAACCCUUUUUGAAUUUGCCAAAGAAAUGAUGAGAGUGGUAGAUGACUUCAACAACAACAUGCUCUGGUUUAAUUUUAAACUUCGUAUUGGCUUUAACCAUGGCCCCCUCACUGCUGGGGUCAUUGGCACCACCAAGUUGUUAUAUGACAUUUGGGGUGAUACCGUUAACAUUGCUAGCAGGAUGGACACUACUGGAGUGGAGUGUCGGAUACAGGUGAGUGAAGAGAGCUACCGUGUCCUAAACAAGAUGGGGUAUAACUUUGAUUAUAGGGGGACAGUCAAUGUGAAGGGGAAGGGUCAAAUGAAGACAUACCUUUACCCAAAAUGCAUGGACAAUGGGAUUGUGCCGCAUCACCAGUUGUCUAUAUCUCCAGACAUUCGAGUUCAAGUGGAUGGCAGCAUCGGGCGGUCUCCAACGGAUGAGAUUGCUAAUCUGGUGCCUUCUGUACAGAAUUCUGACAAGAUAUCUCAUAGCUCAGAUAACAGCUCAGAACCCAAGGACAUGCUUCCUUCCUCCAAAAGGCUCCAGAAAGAUUCAGUGAAAGCAGAAGACAGGUGCAGGUUUGGAAAAGCUGUAGAGAAAAAUAACUGUGAGGAGGCAGGAACCGAGGAGGCAAAUGAAUUGACAAAGUUAAAUAUCUCUAAGAGUGUAUGAUGCAGUGGCAGAGAGCUGCAUGGUGUGCUCUGUCCAUAGAAACACAAAGACAUUUGCAGUUGGCUGUUUUCUUUUUUUGAAGAAAGACAUUCUCAAUGCCUGGGUUGUACAUUUGUUUUCCUUUCUGUACCUGAUGCUGUGUAGAUCACAGUUCUUCAGGGCUCAUUUUCAUCCAUCUUUCCUCCAUGCCCCUUAACCCUCACCCCAAACUCCCCAGCUUCCUGUGUAAACAUCUUUUAGCUGAGAGGAGGAUAUUAAGUGCCUUCAGAUAUACUCCAUUGAACUCCCUAUCAAGGUACAGAAGCCCAAAAUAAAAUUAUAGCUUUGGGUAUCUCUAAUUUUAAAAGAAAAGUUGUGGUUAAGAUAACAUUUUUAUUAUUGUUUCCUGCAAAACACUUUUUUUGGAUAAUGCAACUCCUUGGGUUUUUUAUAUCUGUAUGAAUAAUAUUUUACUCUUAUCAGACCUUUUCUGUGUAAAUACACAGACAGAAUGUAUGUGUAUCUACCAUAUGAGACUGAGAUAAAAAGUGCCAGUAAUGUACCACAUGAGGAUGUUUUUCACAGAUUCACAGAAGUUUAGGGCUGGAAGAGGGGGUGACAAAAUUUUGCUUGUGUUGGGCUGGAGGAAGAGUUGAGUUCCACAGUGGCUCAGUGUUUGGACACAGCAAGCCAGUCAGCUGCUGUUAACUUCAAUCUCCUUUACAAUUGCUUUGAUCAAACGUAGGUGUCAUUGUGUACUUUGGAUAUAUUGCUUUCUUUACAUCCAGCAGGUCAUUGAUAUGUGGGUAUGGAAGAAGGAUUUGGACUUCACCAGCUCUCAGAAUAGGGUUCCAAAAGCAGAUUACUGUUAAAAUUUCUACAAUCCAAGUCUCAGGCAUUUUCAUUUUGCCCCCUACCCCAUUGGAAUUUGUGAGGUUCUAGGUCAAGCUGGUAUCCUAAAGCUGGUCUAGUUUGAGAGAGAAAAUAUAAAUGUUCUGGGGUUACAUUGUAUUUAUUUAUUUAUUUAUAAUUCUAUUUUUUUUAUUUUGUUUUUGAGAAGGUUUUAGGAUUGACAGGGGUGGUAAUUAGUGUAAUGAAAAGUAAUUAGAUAUCCAUUAGUGUUUCAUCCUUCAAACUACCAAUCACUCUGAGGAUGUUACCUGGGUAAUAUUUGUUUCAAAACUGGUGAGACCAUCAAAGACUCCAAAUGCAGGCUGAUUCUGAUAAAACCCAGCUUCCCUCCUGAACCAAAUUAAUGGUGCUGUACAGUAUUUUUCAGAAUUUGCCCCUAUACUUUGCUUUUGAAGCAGGGAAUAUAAUGCUUCCCAUGUGCCUGCUAAAGCAGGAAUCAGGAUGGAGUCUCUUUGUCAUGAGCUGAGGAGCACAAGAAUAUACUAAUCCUACAACAGACUUUGUGUUGCAGACCCUGGUGUCUGCAGAAAAGGACAUAAGUGGGAAUCUGUGUGGACAUAGGGUCUGUCUGCACAGAGCAAUUGCAGGAUAGGGGGUUUAGAUUAAUAGACUGUAAGGCCGGGACCUCAGAAGAUCAUUGAGUCCAGCCCCCUGCACCAAGCAGGAAAGAUAACUGAGGGUCAGGUGACCCCAGCAAGGUGACUGUCUAAUCUCCUAUUUGCCUCUUCCAUAGUUUAGGACACUUAUUUCUGUUUUUAUUAACUGAAUGACCCACUUUGGAUAACAUUAAACAUUGUAAAGUUCAAUUUAGACAAAUACUAGCUGCAUCAAAUAAUAUUUAUCCCCAAAUAAAUUCAUUGGCUGUGAGAAAUAUGGUGACAUGGGGAAAUGCAGAGCUGUUCUGCCUGCAUGUUCAUAUUUUUAAAUUACUUUCCGUCUUCAGUCAGAAGUGAUUUAACACAGAAACUAUAAUAUAUUUACACUUACUACUUUUUGUUCCUAAUGUGACUCUAGAGUUAAUAUCAUAAAAAGAGCUGCAACUUGCACUUAACUGUUUGAGAUGCUAUCUGCAGUCCACCUUUAGUACCAGCUUCUUAAGUUUUUCUCAUAUUUAAAUGUACAGGGUUUGGGUUUUGGAUACCAUUUUUAUUAAACAUUAUUCUAUAUACUCUUGUUACAAUAACAGCUCUUUUUGUGUGUCAAAAAUCCUUGGUUGCCAUGGUAGCUGUUUAACAUGACUGAAGUGUUAAAACUUCCAGCAAUGAACAACAUCAAAAAACCUAUACUGGGCAUUUAACCUCCACCCUCAUACAGAGAAUACUUUAUGCCUGAUUUUGAUAGUUGCUGCCAAGCAACAAUAUCAUAGUUUUUUGUUGGGUUUUGGUUUUUGGUUUUUGUUUUGGGGGGGGGGGGGGGGUCUUAGUGUGAAGGUGCAUAACAUCCUUCAUUGUCAGUAACUAUAAAUUUUGUCUUUUUUUUUCUUCUGUGUACUUCCACCUUUAAGAAUAGUGUAAUGCACUCGGAGACGUACUCCUAGAAUCAUCUUCAGAAUUUUUGUUUCAGUUUCUUAAAUAAUGACUGUUGCUUUUCUUCUAGUAGAGAAGUUGGCAUUGUCCGAAAUUGUUUACAUGCUAGAGUAUUAUGUCUCUUGAAGUUGCUACAUCCCUUUUUCACCCCAUUUUUCUUUCUGAUUUUGAUGGCCCAGGUAGGUCCAGUGAUUAAAUGGUAUUACUCGUAUUACUGGUAUGAAAUAGUAGUUAAUUUUAGCAGUGUUAGCAGCUGAGCCAUUGAGCUGUGACCAUGUCUUAUUUCUAACUUCAAAUACCAUGCAAUUAUUAUACUUCUACCCAUCACAAUCUUGCAUCUACAAGAGAUAUACACACUGAAACUAGAUGCAAGGGAACAGUGUAGUCCAGGGAUUGGAAUAGGACCUGCCACUGACAGAACCUGUUUUUAAUUAUUACAGUAGUUAUUUUUCAGUACAAAGGCUUACAAAAUGAAUAAAGCCAGUAGUUAGUUACUGUGUUUUACCACAUGUGUAUUGUUAGUCUUCUGGUAACAUCAGAGUACUGAAAUGGUUGCAUAACUUAGUAGUAUCAUGGCCACCUUUUCUUGUGCCAUUAUGCAAGUAAAAUAGCUGAGGACAGAAAUAUGUCUGGGCUCUGAAAACAAGAGAUGUUCUCUGUUCUUGAGCUGGAUUUGUUCUGUGUAGUAAUAAUAUCUGGGUUAAGUGCAGCUAACAUUAUUCGGCUUCAAAAUUUAAUGUGUGUGAAUAGUGUACCUCUGUUAGCUUAUUGUCAUGAGAAUGACAGCACCUUCACUUCCUCAUCUCAGAGAUCUUGAAAUUUUGUAUGCAAUUCAGAAAUAAAGUUAUCCCUGUAAUAGUUUUAAUGGGUGAGAAUUUUUAAGGCUCAAAGGACAGCUAAAGGUCCUUCUGUUGAAGUCAAUGGGAGGUGCAUACCAAACUCUCAUUUGUGCCUUUGAAAAGUUGUGCCAGUCGUUGCAUAAAUAGGGGCUCUGUGGGUGUUCUUAAAAACAGUGUCUCUGUGCCUCAGAGUCAAAAAGACAGUCUGUGUCGCACAUUUGCUUGCAGUAGGUUAGUAUAAAAGAUUUUUACAGAAUACUUUGUGUCUGAUCUGCUCUUUGCACCAUAGUUUUAAAAGAAACACAAACAAUGUAAAAAAUCUUUUGGCCAUGUAACCUUAAAUGUAUAUUACAAAAAAGUUAGUGCCUUGUUUUCUCUUUUCUAUAUUUUAAAAUGAGUUAAGGCAGAUUACUGCAGAAUCACUAAGAAAAAAAAAAAGGUUGUUAAAUGUUUUCAAGCCUGGAUGUUGUUCUUCAGCCAUCAGUCUUUUUUGAGUGGUGCUAGAUUUUAGACGGUGGAGGAAGAUGCAACCUUUCCUUAAUCUUCUGGUGAUCUGAUACAGUUGGUCUGUAAGACAAAACUGAUUGGCUCCUUAUUCAGUGCAGCUAGUGCUAAAGAUGCUAGCUGCUAGUCAGCAGCUCCUGCUUUCCCCCUAAUAUUCUUAGUCCAGACCUAACCUUGGAAUUUAAUGGGGCUUUGAGAUGGCAUAGGAUAGAGACAGGUUGAUGGAGUUGUAAGAAAGGGCUAAACAACCACAUCCCUCACUCUCCUUUUGCUUAACACUAAUUUGCCAACACUGACAGAGCUUCGCAGAAAGCAUUACCUCUGAAUCUGGACAUGGUUCACUAUAGAAAAGAGGGAUCUGUGAGGAAAGAGAAAAAGAAAGUUUAGCAAAAAUAAACUACUUCCAAGUGUGUGAAGACUUAUCACUGGAUUGAGGAAAGUCUUUUAGGGUGCCUGUAAACUUUAGUAUUUUAAAAUCACAUAACUUAAAUUUGUUUCCUUAACUUCCUUUGAUACUGAAUUUUCAAAUGAUUUAUAAUGACAGGACAAAUGUCAAAUAUCAUAUGCUGCUCCCAUGUAAAAUACGGAAGGUGAAUGAUUGUUCUUAAAUAGUUGAUGUCUUUAUUUUGCUCUGUUGCAAAGCAUGUGCAAAAAGUACCAAUGAGAGAUUAUAAAUAUGCAUGCAUGAAGUUGGUUGUAACCUUAUCAAAUUUUUGUCUAGGAUUUUUUGCCUGGUUUCAAGAUUUUCUGUUUUCUUUCCUUUCGGCUGCAAUCUUCUGUAUUAUGCAUGAAAGGAUAUGUGGAGGGGCAUUUCCCACCAGCAUUGAAUUAUAUUUUCUAUUUUAACAGCAGUAUUUUAAUUGCUUUGGUGCCAGAUCAUGUAUUCAUAAAGAACUUUUUUCCUCCAGCCUGUCUUCACUACUGUUUUAGUCUCUAGCUGGACUCUCUUGUUUAAUAGGAAUUAUUUGCCGUGUUCUUUUGUUAAUGCUAAUUUGUCCAGGCACAAUUUUACUUCUGUACUGUUCAUUUCCUAUCCUUUUUAUUCCUUACCUCACUUUGAGCUGCAUUUCUGCAGUUAUAGAACAACAUCACAUCAAAAUUGUUCAGUUGGUUAUUGCAUUCUCUUUAUGAAGAAUAUAUUUGGCCUCACAACAUAAAAACACUAGAGUAUGACACUAAGUCUGAGCAAAUGCAAUAUGAGAGAGUGUAACAUGAAGUGAAAUUGCUAGCGGCAUGAAAUCUCAUUGAAGCAAAGUUCAGAUGGGCCCAUGUUAACAAAAGCCUUCUCAAGGAACCUGCAAAGACAAACAUACAAUAUGAAACAUCUACAGAAAGUGCAAGCUUUGUGUCAUAGUGUUUGAGACUCCCCAUAUUUGAUCACUUCAUUCCCAGUCAAUGAAAUACGUAAUGCUGCUUCAGUUUCCCAUCUGUAGAAGAAAAGGUAAUAAAGCUUCAGAAAAACAUAUCCGUUUUCUACAGCAGAUGUGCCUAAACCAUAGCAUGUAUAAACUCACUGAUGACAUGAUGAUGGUUCUCCCUUUCCAGCAAUUUAAUUUAAUUAAGAACAGCUAAAAAUACAUUAAAUUCUUAUAGCCAUUUUUUGUAGAUACUACAGGGCUGUCUUAUGACUAUGAAUAGAGUGGAGAGGACUUUCAUAUUUACAAGCAAGAAAGGAAGAGGGUCCAUAUGGUGAAAAAAUUAAGCAUCACAGUUCUACAGCAUAGUAACAAGGUAAAACAGUUCCGCUCUUCGGUUACAUAUGCAGCCAGGAAGAUGGACAAAACUGGACCUCAGAACAUUUUUGAGACUGAACUAAUAAUAACUUUGACAGUUGAAAUGUGCAGAGUGUUUUUGAAGGAAACUGCAGGGAACAGGCUGUUAUAGUCCAGAAAAAUACUUUUUCAACUCUCUCCACUGCUAUUCUCUAGACUAUAAUGGAAUAUUUUUCUUUUUUUGGUUCUGGGGCAGCAUCCCACUGAGUAAAUCCAAAUGGCAAUGCAGUAUUACUACGAAUAUUCACUAGUCAUGGCUCUGAAGAUUUCAACAUCCCUAUAGUACUAAAAAUCAUAAAUUAUACACUGUAUUUUCAAAAAAUCAUAUCCAUUCACCAAAUAAAUACCUACAGACAUAUUAUAUACCUGUAGUUUUAUUCAACUGGCCCAUUGUCUGAGAUUUCCUCAGUUAAGAAAUGCAGUAUCACGCACAAGGUUCAAAAAUCAGUGGAUUAAUGUAAAAGAAAGAGGAAACCUACUCUGCUUGUAUAAAUAUGGAAGAACCAGAGUAACAGUGUUCUAAGACACUCCCUCUCAUCAUAUAAGCAAGCAUAUCCCAAGAGAAAAGUUAUACAAGCACAUGCACACAUCUUAAGUCAGCAAGCAUAGGCUGAGGAUAAGAUGUGCCACAAGCUGACAGGAGCUAGAAAUCUGUUGAAUCUGAUGUCAGCCACAAGAGCUAAAAAUCUGUUGAAUCUGAUAAGUCAGCCACUUAAAUACAGAGUAUAUUGUUUUGAUGUCUUUUUAAACUUUAUGCCACCCUUGAAAGGAACUGAGGUCCUGCUAAUGUGAUGGUGAACAAUAACAUGAGUACAUGACAUGACAUACUAAACUCAACAAAAUGCCUGGAAAACAGAGAAGAGAAACAUAAUCAGAUGUCUAGUUCUUUUAAAGACUGAGUUUUAUUCAUAAGCUUUAUUUUCCCUGCUUGUAAAAUUUAAGUCAAAUAUGAAUCUCUUUUAUGCUAAAGCCCCAUAAUACCCUCUCUGUUAGGGUAAUGGGGCCUUAGAGUUAACGUAUGCUAUGGUAAUGUAAUUUAUACCCAUUUUCAAGCCCCUUGGUCCUCCCAAAGUGCUGUGAUGGCUACUUAGUAUCAGUGAGUUUCAGGACCCCAAAACAUACUUUCUUUGCUUUUACUAAUGUUGUUUAAAGGAGGCCACUGAGCAAGUUUUUGAUAGACUCAAACAGAUUCCAAAAUGCAACAUUUUUUUUACCAGCCAUUUAAUGUAUUAUGGGAUUGAGAAAAAGGAUGUACAUACAGGUGGUAUCACUUGGGUGCCUUCAGAGGAAAAAGAAUUGAACUCUAGGAGAAAAAAAAGUUUAGGUAUUUAUUUUUAAAGUCUUUGCCAGGAUUAAAUUUCUCAUCAUGUCUGCUGUUAACAGAGAUGGCUGCUAAUUUAUACUUCCAUGCUUAAAUGGUAUGUAUGCAAAUGUUCCUUCUUAGUAGCUAAGGAGAGAUGUCUCCACUUGCAGUUAGGAUGGUAUUUUGAAAAGGGACUGUUAGAGAAAGAUACUUAACCCUUUGUCCCUUUGUUUUACUUGCAGAAUUUUAAACAUUCCUGGUUUGCCUAAUGGUUUGCCUGAUCCAAGCCCACUGAAGUCAAUAAGAAAUUAAUUUUAUUUAUUGACUUCAAUGUGCUUUGCUUCAAACCCAAAAUGAGGAAAAGAAAUAGAGGUAAUGCAUUUUAAAGCAAACUAUGCCACAUGCAGUGCAUUUAAUGCCUUCAACAGCAGCUGCUUUAUUUGAACAGCUUCUAAUCAUAAACCAAUGCAGGGGAGUGGGUCAUUUGAGUUUACCAGUUACUGAAAGCUGUCCUACAGCUAGUGUCUGUUCUUUGCAACUUAGCCUUGACCCAGCUGUGCAUGAUCUGCUUUGUUCUUUCUUUGUUUUUGUGGUUUGCUCUAAUAGCACUUAUUUUGAUCUUUAGAAAGACAAUGUUUGGUGAAUCUUAAAAACUGCACAGAAAGAAAUGACUUUGGAAAGAUUCUUUUAAAUUUUAGUUUUUGGCCAUGUGUUCUAACUGGUUUAUAUUUCAUGGCUACCAUCAGCAACUUGAAUUAUGGUUUCCAUUAUUAUGGGUAGGUCAGAAGGUAUAUAAACAUUCACAAACCAGAGCUGAAAAACUCCUAUCAACUCUUUAGGCCAUGACUCAGUUCACACUUCUACUGUAUGCAAGUGACAUCAAAGCAAUGGGACUUUCUCAAAUUCCCUUCACACUCUAUUGCAGUAUCUUUUCUAAUAAUUUCAAUUAUUUUUAGAUGUUGCACAAAUACUUGUUUACAAUUUGAAAACAAAUUCUAACCCAUGAAUAGUUGGAAGAUGCACUACAAUUAACAUGGAUACAUGAGUGCAUGUGUACACGUUAUGAAAUACUGCCCCUACUGAAACCAACAAAACUUGCCAUUGACUUCAGUAGGGCCAGAAUUUCACCCAUUAUAUGGUCAGUAUUUAUAGAUUUAAUUCCAUCUUUCUGUUUCCUUAUGAAAGUUGCCAAAUCCUAAGGGCUAGAACCAUUCUACAAUAUUUUGGGGGGCCUUUUCUAAACCAUUUCCCAAAGCAAUACCUUCUGCAGCACCCAGCACUGCUUCAGACUUGACAACAGCCCUUCCAAUGCUAACAAUGUUUUUCUAUUAACAGGUACUGGUGUAACAACCCACACUUACUAAAGAAACUUUCACCAAAAUUUAACUUCUCAUAUUACUACCACAGCAGUUUUCCAAGGCCAUGUUAUGUAUAUGCAGCACUGGGGACUCUCAUAACAUGCUUUGGGAGAACAGCUUUACAUUUCAGAAGUAAUAAAUCAAAAGCCAAGAGCCUUAACUAGUCCUAACAGCUGUUUAAAGACGGUGGCAGAUUCAUAAGGAAGGUUGGACGGAAUUUGCCUACAUGAUAAAUUCUAUUUCUGGGGUGGUGAUAACCAUAUUCUAGGCUGAUAAACCCCUUGGCCAAAAUUACUGAAUUAACAGGGAGUAGAUGGAAGUUAUUAAUGCCCUCCCUGCAUACUGGCCAUCUGGGCAGGAUAAACACCACACUCCCACAUCCAAUGUGAUCUGUUCUGUAUUGCGUGAUCUGUUCUAAAGCUUUUAAGGCAAACAAGUUGCAUAUAAUUGGAAAAAAUAACUAUGUAUUCCUCAAGAGCAAAGUGAAGAAGCUAUAGAAAGGGUAGAAGCAGUUGGGUCAAUAGGAUGGGGAAGGAGGGGAAAGUUGAGGUAGCCUGGUUUGCUAUAGGCAUAUGGAUGUCGCACUUGGAGAGGAGUAGCUAAGCAGAAAACGGAUUUGUAUGCUAUAGAGUCAUUAUGCAAAUUGGACACAUCUCAGCCAAUAAGAACAAGGAAAUGUACAUAGAGUACUGUUGUGGUUCAUUAACUGUGCUGCUUCCCCUAGCCCUGAUUGAGAAAAUUAUCCUUCAGCAUAAUUACUCCCAAUUGAGUUUGUAAUAACGUCUGCCCUUUUCAGGGUUUGGUUUGUUUUUUAAAUUUUUUAUGUGAGCAAUUUUGAGCUAGCAAUUGAAAUUGUGCAUUAUAAACUCAGAUGCAACUAUCCUGUUUCCAGAGCUGAGGGAAGGCUGUGGUUGUUUAGAGGGUGUUUUGUACUUUGGUGUAUACAGUAUUAUAUAUAUAUGACACUAACUAAGCAAUUCCUAUGCAGAGGGAGCUAUCCUCACUGGCUGGGGUGUGACAGGACUGAUUAUAAAGAGCCUGAAAUAGAUACUUUUUAAUGUUAGAAAAACAAAAUCUAUGAGAGAGUUCAUUUGGUUUCGCAGAUAAUUAUGAUUUUUUGCAAAGAUAUUUCUUUUCAAAUGCCUGCUUAAAGUUCCUACUUGGCAGUGUUGUGUACUUGGAGGUUGAUGUCAAUCCUGUGCUGUUAUAUGCUUUCUUAAAAGCUGAUGUUACUACAGUGUUAGCCGAGGCAUUGUAGCACUGCCUGUCCAGCCCCCAAAGCAUGUGGAAACAGCACAAAAGUAUUAGCUAUUUAUUGAACACUUUCCAGUUAAAACAGGGAACAUUUUUUAAAGUAUCCCAGUUUCCUGCAAGGUGACUUUAAUCAUCAUCAUGCCUUUGCUUUUUCCCCCCAUCCCCAGCACACUAUAAUUACACUGCAUUCUCCUCUCCCCUUUGCAAAAAGAAGAAAUAGCCUGUUUACAAACACUUCUGUUGGGAAGUUUGGAACUUCCACCAAGUUAUUCUUCCUAGGGGAGGUUGCUUCCUUUCAACAGCUUAUUUGUAAAUAUUAUGCCUAUGCUUUGUUGACAAAACAGAAAUGGAAAAAAGUUGUAUCUGUGAAAUAUUAAGCUAUAUAUGUAUAUAGAUUUAACUGCAUAUUAUCUUUGACUCAUUACUACAGAUCUGUAAUCGUAUAUUAAACUGUUUUACUGUAUCACAGAACAUUUCACGCUAUCUUAGAUGUAGAAAAAUUGGGAAAGUAAUUCACAAUACAGUAUGUCAACUUGAAAUUUGUUUGCUUUUUUAUUUUUGCUUCAGCACAACAUUAAAUGGAAUCUGCCAUUUG